CUUGCGGGAGCGGUGCCUGGCCAACAGUGGAGGUUAGCUGCCAAGGAGCUGGGCGGCCGCGCGAGAGGCCAGGACCCUCUGAGGGGCCGCGGUCUGCUGGGAGAGGUGGUGGACGGCGGGGGAGAGCCUCCUGUCGUGGGAAGCCAACAGAGAUAUGAUCCAAGGAGGAGUAUGGUCUAUGAUACCAGACAUCCUCCCUUCAUGGGAGUUUAGACAUGAUGUGGUCAGAGACCUAACCACCUGAACGGUCUAAGAAAAAGACCCUGUUGACAGGAGUCCCAGGAGCCCUGAGAUGGCCACAAAAAUGAAGAAAGGCCUGAAAAGCUCUAUUGAUGAUAUGCUUGGUGACCUCUUGGAUGAUGACACCAUGGCCCCUGAGAAGCCUCUUCAAUCAGCUGCAAAUCCCAGGGAUAGCCUAGGAUCAUCUCGGGGCUUUUCUUCAAAGACCAGAAAAAAGUCCAUUCUGGAAGAUGACUUCUUCAAUACCAUGGCAGCCCAGGCCAGUGCAAAUGCUGAGUUUUCUGAUAUGUCAGAUGCAGACCCACAGGCUUUGCUACGGUCUAUGAAGGAUAUGGACGACAUGGAUGCUGAUCUCUUAGGCUUGAAGAAGUCCAAUCUAACUAGUAAUAAAACAGCUGCAAAAGGUUCUGGAAAAGAGGAGUUUCCUGGUGAUUUCUCUAGACCUACAGGAAAACUGAUAGCCAAUGAGAGAGGAGAGAACAUUCCCACCAAGAAGCCCGUGCCUUCCACUGGGAGUGCUGGGCGCCCAUACAGGAAGUUUUCCUUUGAUGAUUUGGAGGACCCCUUAGCAGGGCUUCUCUCUGAUGAAGAGGAAGAAAUUGCCAAGAAGCCACCUUUAAAAGAGAGUAAAAUAGUCCCUGAAAAGAGCCCUACCAUAGUUAAAAAUAAAGGUACCUCUCCUGGUGACAACCCCCAUUCUAAAGAAGGAGGAAUUGAGUUUGAUGAUGGGGAUGACCUCAUGGCCACCCUUGGGUUUGGAGACAGUCCUAAGGCAGAACGGAAGCAGGAAAAGGGAGUCCAGGAUGCGCCCCGUCCUGCUCGCACUAAACUGGACGAGCUACUGGGACGUGGAACUGCCCCCAAGCUCCUGGAGAGACCUGGUACCGGGGAGCUCCGGGAGUUCAAACUGGAUAAGAAGUACCAGAAACAGCCUGACAAAGAAGAUUCCUGGGGAGAUGAUGACUUUGCCUUUGGAGCCUACCAGCCCACCGUGGCCUCCUCCUCUGAGAGCCGACAAUCCCGCCGGCAGUCUGUCAGGUUCUCAGCAGAGAGUCUCACCAAUCCCAAGGGAGAACAAGGCUCCAAACAGAGUACCCCAGCCACAGCCAGCCCUGCUCACACUGGGAAGGGAGGAGCUGACUGGCUGGGCCUCAAGGAUGAAGACUUUGACUUGCUCCCUCCAUCCCCCACCAAAGUAUCCAGCAAGGGUGGCUCAACAAUAGCUGCAUCCUCAGGACCUAGUCCUGCAGCCCGGCACUCUGCUCCAGCCAGUCUGCCUGGGUCGGGGAUGAAGCCACCCACCGAAACUACAACUGGUCCUCACAAAUCCAGCCUACCUCCUAAGCAGGGAGCAUCAGAGGAAAAACAAGAAGAGGAUUGGCUAAGCCAUGCCUUGUCCCGGAAAAAAUCUCAGAAUUUAGCCAAAGAGGAGAAAUCUGGGCCUUCUAAGGGCCUGAACCCGACCGAAACAUUGGAUCUUCCCUCUGGCAGUCAACCUGUUGUCAGCACCCAAGGGCCUGAGCAAACAGCUGCUAGAGGAACCCCAGGGACAGCACAAGAAGCUGCAUCUGCCCGCCCUGGGGGCACUGGGGUUCCCCAGACUGAAACCCACCCCCAGAUACCAGCUGCCCCUCUACUUCCUGCAACUGAACCAAAGAGAGACACUCUUCCUGGAGAAGUUCCCAGCACUGACCUUGCAGCUUGUUUCCGGAGACCCCAAGAACUAAUAGGGACUUCUAUGCCUGUACAGGGCUUUCUCCCAGAGAGCCUGGCCCUGAGUUUGCUGCCAACAGGAGAGUAUCAGAAGAGGAUCCUGGCUGCCCAGGCGCAGCUACAGUGUGGCACAGCGGAACUCCAAGAGGAGCUAUUAAAAAGUCAGGCCCGCCAGGCAGAGCUGGAGACCCAGGUACGGAAGCUGGAACUAGAGAGAACUCAACAGCAUAUCCUGCUUGAGAGUUUACAGCAGCGGCACCAGGCAGACUUGGAGCUUAUUGAGAGUGCGCAUAGGAGCCGGAUCAAGGUGCUCGAGACGUCCUACCAGCAACGAGAAGAACGACUACAAAGGGAGAAUGAGGAACUGACAGUUCAGUAUCUGUCUCACUGUCAGGAGGCUGAGAAAGCACGAGCUGAGCUUCUGGCACAACACCAGCGUCGCCUUGCUGCUGCCGAGCAAGAGAAGGACCAGGAGAUUGAGAGGCUCCAGAACUUACAGAGGGCAUCCAUCGUAGAGAUACGAAAAGACCAUGAGAGCAGGCUACAGAGGUUGAAGCGGCUGAAAGACCGGGAGAUUGAUGCCGUUACAAGUGCAACUUCCCAUACCCGGUCCCUCAAUGGGGUUAUUGAACAAAUGGAGAAGUUUUCCUGUAGCCUGAAUGAGCUCUCAUCCCGUGUAGAAGCCACUCACCUUACCAACUCCCAGGAGCUCGAGAUAGGGGCCCGUCAGCGUGAUAAGCAACUCCAAGCUCUGCAGGAACGGUUGACUCUGCAGCAGCGGGACAUGGAGGAUGAGAGGAACAGGCUACAUGAGAUCAUUGGGAAGAUGGAGGCCCGACUGAAUGAACAGAGCCGUCUCCUAGAGCAGGAACGCUGGAGAGUGAGUGCUGAGCAGUCUAAGGCAGAGUCUACACAGCGUUCCCUAGAGGAGCAGAGGAGGGUCAUGAACCAGCAGCUCAGCAUGGAGCGGGAGGAGCUGGAGAGGGCCAAGAAUGCUUUACUGGACGAGCAGAAAUCGGUCAUGCACAAGUGUGCCGAGGAGGGGCGGCGGCUGGCAGCAGAGUGGGCUGACUUCUAUGCCCAGCAAAAGCUAAGUAAAGAACGGGCAGAGCGUGAGGCUGAACGCGUGCUGCAAGUGGACUCACAGAGGGAGGGCACCAUCGUCAGUCUAGCCAAGGAGCAGGCAGAGCUGAAGAUCAGAGCAAGUGAGCUGCGGCUUCGGGAGGAGCAGUUGGCUGGGGAGUGGGAAAUUCUGGAGCGGGAGCGGCAGGAACUAAGGCUGGAGAAGGAGAAGGUCAACGCAGCUGCCCUGCGCAUCAAACUCCGAGCGGAGGAAGUUGAGAGCAUGAGCAAGGUAGCCUCUCAAAAGUAUGAGGAGGGAGAGCGGGCUCUUCUGGAGGCUCGCAAGCUACAGGCAGAGCACCAGGCCCGCCUCCAGGUUGUGCAGCAGCAGCAGCAACGACUCCAGCAGCAAGAGCAGCAACUGCACCAGGAGAAUUUGAAUUUGGCUCAACAGAGGCAGAAGCUGGAUCAUUUUCGACUGGAUCUCCCCUCUCCCAUAAUGGGGCUGGGCCCUGGGAUCCAAGUCCUAGAGUCUUCCAGCCUGAAUGCUAUUGCCUCUCCUGCCCUUGCCAUUCCUGGACGCAGCCAGCCUCCUGCAGGCCUGGGCCCUUCCCAUUUGCAGGCCAAACUGGUGUUACUGAAACACAUGGCUGAGAAGGACCGGGACUUUCUGGAGGAUGAGAAAUUCUUUUUGGAGACACUGAAGAAAACUUCCUACAGCAUGACACCCUAUACAGCCUGAGUCCCACUCUGGCCUUCUAGCCGGGAGGCUUCAGUUGCUGGAAUCUAUACCUACUGCACUCUGCCAACUUGCCUGCCAAAUCUCAUCUCACGGUGUUGGCAGAGAUGGCACCACCACAAACCAUGCUGGGCUCCUCCCCUUUGCCUCUGUGGCCCCCACUGGACUACUCUGACCCAUUUGCUUAAACAUAGCCACCUGUUCCUGAUCACCUCAUUCAGUGUGUGUUAACCAGACAUAGUAUCUACAGUGAGUGGAGAAGAAUAGGGGACAGCUUUUCUACGUGACUGUGCUGCUCUGUUCCAUCUCAACCCCUGACGCUCUUCAUUGCCAGCCAAAGGCCUUCCAGAGCUACAUCCCACCUCUGGGAUAGAACGGGGUUAGUAUUGCUUGAUCACAAAAUAACACAAAACAAAGUGGGAUUCAAGGAGUAGAACCCUCAGGAAAUUUCCAUUUAAGGCCGGCCCUCAACCAGUUUGGGGAAAGCUCUGAAUCCUAAUGCUCCCGCAAUAGCUGGGGUCUCCCCAGAUGAUUUAGGUUGUGCUUUUUAGACAGUCUUCUGACAGGGCUGGUUUUCCCCAAGGAAGCAGCCACAGAGCUUUGUGCCCCCAGAGAAUUGAGGGGCGGCUAACAGAGCUGACACAAGGUAUCCUGCCCCCAGAUCUUUAGACACCUGGCCCUGGGGUGGGUUGGAGCAGGCACUCAUGAUUUCUACUGGAACUUAAACUUCUGGUUUCACCAGCGACUCUUGCACACAAGUCCAUUUAUUCUCUUUGUUUCCCAAGCCUGCCUGGCUAAUUGGCUCACUGGACUGGAGAACUCAGCCUUGCAGCUUGUUCAUUAGAUUCUUCCAUAUGGGCAGGGGGGACCAGGGAGCUAGGGAAAGAAUGCUGCCUAUUUAUGUCAACUACUAUGGAGCCAAGGCUAUGGGGAAAUGAAGACAGACAGUACCAGAUGUCACAGUUCCAUUCUUCUCUGGCUCCGGAGAGCAGCUAAUGGAAUCUACUGUGUCCGGGCCUCUGCCUUUUCAAUUUUCUAGUAUGUGGGCGAUAUGCCAAGACUGGCCAGGAAGAUGGCAAGGGAGAGGGAGGAUUGGGGGAUCAGUAAUUGUUCCCUGUGGAACCAAGGUCAAUUUAGCUCUUCAAAUAAAAUCACAGUUCUAAAGCUGCUUCUGCCAUUAACCA